AAUGAGAGUUUUCUUUUUUGUGGAACAGUUUCCAUUGUAUCGAAGAAUUCCAUCUUUCAAACUAGUGCUGUCGCCUCGCUACGGACGAACGCACUCACCGCUGUCGGUUCCAGCUCGAUCAUCAUCCAUCCUCUCCGCCAGGACCACCUUCAAGACUCAUCAACAGUGGUUCCAAGACGCCUUUCUUGAUACAGACGCGACUUCGGCGACCUGACUGAAGCCGUUGGGACUGCAUCGCCACUUCUUUUUUCUCUCAUCCCUCGAUGGAUAUGCAAUAAUUUUCUGAAAUAUUAUAUAUUAAGUUAUCCUCUAAGGAGUAUUUCACCCUCUGAGAGGGGAAUUUAUUGACAUUUAUUAUGUCCAUUGACUUGCUAAAAAUGGAUUUCAAGAUGUUACUGAGCCUCCUGGGCUGUUUGAUUUUGGUGCAUUUAACGUCAGCACAAGAAUGUGCCUCGAAUCAAUGUUCAGCCGGUCUCAACUGCUACGACAGAAAUGUGGCUGGGGAGUUACCGUAUGUCUGUGAAUGUAACGUGCCUUUUACGCAAGGCGUUGAAUGUGAUCAGUUUGCGGACAACCAGGAAGUGUUUACGUGUUAUGGAGAUUCCUGUAGAACUGGGAGCUUCAGCUCCAUCAAUUACCCUGGCCUCUACAACAACAGGUACAGGGCCCUAUACCUUCUGUACAUCCCUGGCGCCACCAGCGUUACAUUCUCCUUCAGUGACCUAUUCGACAUUGAGGAAUUCAAGGAUGAACUCUACGUCGGUGCCGGAUUGAUGUACGAGGACACCCAGAUCAACGCUGAAACAGUUCUUCCCGAUCUCUACUUCUUCGAGGGUUCAACCAAGCCCGAUGAUUUCACCAUCGCUGGCGAUGUGUUCUGGAUGUACUUUGGAACUGAUAAAAACAUUCAGAGGAAUGGCUUUGAGAUCUCCUGGUCUGCUGUUGUCGAUACCACCCCACCCGUUUUCGCCAACUGCCCCGAGAACAUUAAUGUGAAUGUCGAGAUCGGAACCCCGAGCACCACUGUGACCUGGACCGUUCCCACGGCCAUAGAUGCAAGCGCUGUCACCACGGUCUCCAGCCACAACCCCGGACAGAGCUUCAUCACAGGGACUACCACAACGGUCGUCUACACUGCCACUGACGAGUUUGGAAACAUCGGGCAGUGUGCAUUUACCAUUACUGUCACAGCAACUGAUAGCAUUGACCCCGUUGUCACCGUAUCCAGUGGUAUCAUCACCCAGCAAGUUGAGAUUGGGCUCGGAGGCGUGAACGUAUUUUACACCGAGCCGACGGCCACCGAUAACUCCGGCACCGCCGUACUGUUCAGCCGGUCUGCCCAACCAGGGGAUUUCUUUCCUGUUGGUCAAACGGUUGUAACGUACAUUUUCCAGGAUCCGUCCGGGAAUUUCGGCACUGGCACUUUUACAGUCAAUGUGGUGGAAGUCGACACUACUCCACCCGUUGUUACCGUGCCCAAUGGUAUAAUCACCCGGCAAGUUGAGAUCGGUACCUCUGGAAUCAUUGUAUUCUUCUCUGAGCCAACCGCUACUGAUAACUCUGGUACCGCCAUUCUUGAUAGCCGCACCCACCAACCCGGCGACGUCUUCCCUGUUGGUCAGACCAUUGUGACCUACACUUUUAGGGAUCCCGCUGGAAACCCAGCAACUGGAACUUUCACUAUCAAUGUCGUAGAAGUUGACACAACUCCACCAGUCAUCACUGUGCCAACUCCUUCCAUUAUCACACGACAAGUGGAAGUUGGCACUCCAGGUGUCAGCGUAUUUUACCAAGAACCUACCGCUACCGACAACUCUGGCACGGCAAUUCUCGUUUCCCGUACCAACCAACCUGGUGACGUUUUCCCUGUUGGUCAGACCGUUGUGACCUACACUUUCCAGGAUCCAUCCGGAAACCCUGCCUCUGCCACUGUCACUAUCAAUGUUGUAGAAGUCGACACCACGCCACCUGUCAUUUCCGUACCGAGUACCGUCAUCACCCGCACGGUCGAACUUGGCACCCCUGGGGUGAAUGUCUUUUACCCCGAGCCCACCGCCAGCGACAACUCCGGCACCGCCAUUCUUGUGACCCGUACCAACCAACCUGGAGACUUUUUCUCGGUUGGACAAACGGUUGUGACCUAUACUUUCCAGGAUCCCACCGGAAACCCAGCCACUGCGACCGUUACGAUUAACAUUGUUGAAGAGGACACCCAACCCCCUCAAAUCUUUGUGACCACCAACGAAGUCAUUCGCAUGGCUCCAUUCGGUUCUACCGGCAUCAACGUCUUCUAUACCGAACCUGUGGCUGUCGAUUCCUCCGGCACCGCCGAGCUCGUGAGCCGAUCGGCUCAGCCGCGCGAUUUCUUUCCAAUCGGAAGCACGGUUGUAACCUAUGUGUAUCAAGACGCCUCUGGCAACCAAGCUACAGGCACUUUCACUGUUACUGUUCGAGAACAAGUCGACACCAUCGCACCUACCAUCACAGUCCCCGGAGGGAACAUUGUACGGACUGUAGAGCUGGGGAUCAGCCGUCUCUCUGUGGACUACCCUGAGCCUACCGCCACUGAUAACUCCGGGACGGCCUUCUUGGUGAGCCGCACUGCCCAGCCUGGUGAUCUCUUCCCCGUCGGGACCACCGACGUGGAGUAUGUCUUUGUUGAUGCUGCUGGCAACGAUGCAAGGGCCACAUUCACCGUGACCGUCAUUGCCAUUGACACUACCCCACCUAUUGUCAACUGUGUCAACAACGUUGUCCAGGAAGUGGAACUUGGUACCACCAGCGCCGUUGUCCAGUUCACCGAGCCAACUGCCUUUGACAUUUCUGGACAGGUUAAUGUGGUGAGCCAGACGGCCUCUCCAGGGGAUGCUUUCCCUCUAGGAACAACCACUGUGACUUAUAUCUUCAGUGAUAACUCUAACAACGAAGCUGAUCCCUGUUCAUUCACUGUGACCGUUACAGCAACCGAUAACACACCUCCCACCGUUAACUGCGUCAAUGACGUCACCCAGACGGUUGAGCUUGGUUCGACCAGCACCCAGGUAUUCUUCGCAGAACCUACAGCCUUUGAUAUCUCUGGAUCGGCCAACCUGGUAACACGCACAGCAGCCCCAGGAGACACCUUCCCUGUCGGCACCACGACAGUAACCUACAUCUUCAGUGACGCAGCAGGCAACCAAGCACCGGCUUGCACCUUCAAUGUGAUCAUCAGUACAGUUGACACCACUCCACCAACGGUCAACUGCGUCAACAACAUCGUGCAGACUGUUGAGCUUGGAGCGACCAGUGUUGUCCUCAACUACGCAGAGCCAACCGCUACAGACAUCUCUGGAACUGCCUUUCUGGUGUCCCGGUCAAGUGCUCCAGGAGAUUCCUUCCCUCUAGGAUCAACCACCGUGACCUAUGUCUUCAGUGACCAGAGUGGCAACAACGCACAACCUUGUGUUUUCACCAUCACUGUCGGAACUGUUGACACCAUGACACCGAUGUUCACAAGUUGCCCAACCAACAUCGUGCAGUCAGUGGAACUUGGUAUACCAGGAACGGUCAUCAGCUGGACCGUGCCCACAGCCAGCGAUGCUGCAGGUAUCGCUUCGAUUGAAAGCAACAUCCAACCUGGCUCCUUCUUCAAUGUCGGAGAGACGGCAACCAUUCUGUACGUUGCGACUGAUAACAGCGGCCUCACUGACAACUCUUGUACAUUCACCGUCACUGUCUUUUCAGUUGACACCACCCCGCCCACUGUGGUUUGUACCAACAAUAUCUUCCAGACUGUAGAGCUUGGUGCAAACUCUGCAGAGGUUGUGUUCACGGAACCAACAGCCAGUGAUAUCUCCGGCCAGGCCAUCCUCGUGAGCAGGACAGCUGCCUCAGGAGAUUCCUUCCCGAUCGGAACCACAACGGUGACCUACGUCUUUGCGGACAACUCCGGGAACGUCGCAGAAGACUGUUCCUUCACAAUCACUAUCACAGCCCAGGAUACCACCCCGCCAACAGUGAACUGCAUCAAUGAUGUCAUCCGCACCGUCGAGUUGGGCACCACCAGUGCUCAGGUCUUCUACAGUGAACCUACAGCAUCUGAUGUUGGCCAGGCUACCCUGAUCUCCAGGACUGCCCAGCCAGGUGAUAGCUUCCCGGUUGGCGCGACCGUGGUUACCUACAUCUUUGGGGACAACGCUGGUAAUAUUGCUGAUCCUUGUGUUUUCACCAUUACUGUGAAUACAGUUGAUACAACGCCGCCAACAGUAAACUGCGUGAGCGAUGUUGUCCGUGUUGUGGAACUUGGAACCACCAGCCUCGCCGUGGUGUACACCGAGCCCACUGCCACCGAUAUCUCCGGCACGGCUUCCCUCGUUUCACGAUCCCACACCCCUGGACAGAACUUUCCGCUUGGCUCUACCGUGGUGUCUUAUUUUUUCACUGAUGCCAGUGGUAACAAUGCUGAAGUGUGUACUUUCACAGUCACCGUCACUACCCAGGAUACUAUUCCACCCACUGUAACCGACUGCCCAUCUAACAUUUUCGAAACUGUCGAACUUGGUACCCCGGGAACUAUCGUGACCUUUAACCCACCUCAAGCGACAGAUGUAUCUGGCAUUGCGUCCAUCGUCUCCAACGUCCAGUCCGGGUCGUUCAUCAGUGCCGGUGAGACCAGGCAGGUCACGUACACCGUCACCGACAACAGCGGACUCACCGACACUUCCUGCACUUUCUCCAUCACCGUCAUCGCUGUGGACACAGCCCCACCAGUCAUUACGGUACCAAUGCCCGAAGUCACCCAGACAGUUGAAAUUGGCAGCUCGGGAACCGUGGUAUUUUUCCCCGAACCCACGGCGACCGAUCUCUCCGGCACCGCAACUCUUGUAUCCCGCUCCCAUCAACCGGGAGAUGUAUUCCCUGUUGGUCGAACCGUUGUGACAUACACAUUCCAAGAUGCCUCUGGGAAUCCCGCUACUGCUACUUUCGUUGUCAUUGUUGAGCAAGUUGAUACUACUCCACCGAAUAUUACUGUACCUAGCGAUGUAGUGACCCAGACUGUUGAACUUGGUCAACAGGGUACCAUAGUCAAUUACCCUGAACCUACGGCAACUGAUCUCUCUGGCACUGCAAUUCUUGUAUCGCGGACGAACCAACCUGGAGACUUUUUCCCUGUUGGACAGACCGUUGUGACCUACACUUUCCAGGAUCCUUCCGGAAACCCUGCCUCUGGCACUGUCACUAUUAAUGUUGUAGAAGUCGACACUACUCCACCGACUAUUUCUAUACCAAGUAGUACUGUCACUCGUGAAGUUGAGCUUGGUCAAACGGGCAUCAACGUCUUCUACCCUGAACCUACUGCUACUGAUAUCUCUGGCACUGCAAAUCUUGUAUCCCGUACCAACCAACCUGGUGACUUUUUCCCUGUUGGUCAGACCGUUGUGACCUACACUUUCCAGGAUCCUUCUGGAAACCCUGCCUCUGGCACGGUCACUAUCAUUGUUACUGAAGUUGACACUACUCCACCUACUGUAAACAUACCAACUAGGUCAGUCACUCGUGAGGUUGAACUUGGUCAAAAUGGCAUCAAUGUGUUUUACCCAGAGCCAACAGCAACUGAUAUCUCUGGUGUUGCUAAUCUUGUAUCCCGCACCAACCAACCUGGUGACUUUUUCCCUGUUGGUCAGACCGUUGUGACCUACACUUUCCAGGAUCCUUCUGGAAACCCUGCCAUCGGCUUUCUCACUAUCAAUAUUGUCGAAGUUGACACAACUCCACCGACUAUUUCCGUCCCAAGUAGUACCGUAACCCGCGAAGUUGAACUUGGUCAAACGGGUCUCAACGUCUUUUACCCCGAACCGACUGCUACUGAUAUCUCUGGCACUGCUAAUCUUGUAUCCCGUACCAACCGACCCGGUGACUUUUUCCCUGUUGGUCAGACCGUUGUGACCUACACUUUCCAGGAUCCUUCUGGAAACCCUGCCUCUGGCACUGUCACUAUCAUUGUUACUGAAGUGGACACUACUCCACCUGUUAUCACUGUGCCAAAUAGUGUAAUCACCCAGACCGUGGAACUUGGUCAAUCGGGUACCAAUGUCGAUUACCCUGAACCGACUGCUACUGAUAUCUCUGGCACUGCUAAUCUUGUAUCCCGAACCAACCAACCUGGUGACUUUUUCCCUGUUGGUCAGACCGUUGUGACCUACACUUUCCAGGAUCCUUCUGGAAACCCUGCCUCUGGCACUGUCACUAUCAAUGUUGUUGAAGUUGACACUACUCCACCAAGUAUUACUGUACCUAGCGAUGUAAUCACCCAGACCGUUGAGCUUGGUCAACCUGGUACUAAUGUCAAUUACCCUGAACCUACUGCAACUGAUAUCUCUGGCACUGCAAAUCUUGUAUCCCAGACAAACCAACCUGGUGACUUUUUCCCUGUUGGUCAGACCGUUGUGACCUACACUUUCCAGGAUCCUUCUGGAAACCCUGCCUCUGGCACUGUCACUAUCAAUGUUGUAGAAGUUGAUACUACUCCACCUGCUAUAAAUGUACCAAGUAGUACUGUCACUCGUGAAGUUGAGCUUGGUCAAACGGGUGUCAACGUCUUCUACCCUGAACCUACUGCAACUGAUAUCUCUGGCACUGCUAAUCUUGUAUCCCGUACCAACCAACCUGGAGACUUUUUCCCUGUUGGUCAGACCGUUGUGACCUACACUUUCCAGGAUCCUUCUGGAAACCCUGCCUCUGGCACGGUUACUAUCAUUGUUACUGAAGUCGACACCACUCCACCGACUAUUUCUGUUCCAAGUAGUACUGUCACUCGUGAAGUUGAGCUUGGUCAAACUGGUGUCAAUGUCUUCUAUCCUGAACCGACUGCAUCUGAUAUCUCUGGUGUUGCUAAUCUUGUAUCCCGUACCAAUCAACCUGGUGACUUUUUCCCUGUUGGUCAGACCGUUGUGACCUACACUUUCCAGGAUCCAUCCGGAAACCCUGCCUCUGGCACUGUUACUAUCAUUGUUACUGAAGUUGACACUACUCCACCUGUUGUCACUGUACCAAAUAGUGUAAUCACACAGACAGUUGAACUUGGUCAAACGGGUACCACUGUCAAUUACCCUGAACCUACGGCUACUGAUAUCUCUGGCACUGCAAUUCUUGUAUCCCGUACCAACCAACCUGGUGACUCUUUCCCUGUUGGUCAGACCGUUGUUACCUACACUUUCCAGGAUCCUUCUGGAAACCCUGCCUCUGGCACUGUCACUAUCAAUGUUGUAGAAGUUGACACUACUCCACCAACUAUUACUGUACCUAGCGAUGUAAUCACCCAGACUGUUGAGCUUGGUCAACCGGGUACCAAUGUAAAUUACCCUGAACCUACGGCAACUGAUAUCUCUGGUGUUGCUAAUCUUGUUUCUCGGACGAACCAACCUGGUGACUUUUUCCCUGUUGGUCAGACUGUUGUGACCUACACUUUCCAAGAUCCUUCAGGAAACCCUGCCUCUGGCACAGUUACUAUCAAUGUUGUUGAAGUUGACACUACUCCACCAAGUAUUACUGUACCUAGCGAUGUAAUCACCCAGACUGUUGAGCUUGGUCAACCUGGUACCAAUGUCAAUUACCCUGAACCUACUGCUACUGAUAUCUCUGGUGUUGCUAAUCUUGUAUCCCGUACCAACCAACCUGGUGACUUUUUCCCUGUUGGUCAGACCGUUGUGACCUACACUUUCCAGGAUCCUUCUGGAAACCCUGCCUCUGGCACUGUCACUAUCAAUGUUGUAGAAGUUGAUACUACUCCACCUACUAUAAAUGUACCAAGUAGUACUGUCACUCGCGAAGUUGAGCUUGGUCAAACGGGUGUCAACGUCUUCUACCCCGAACCUACUGCAACUGAUAUCUCUGGCACUGCUAAUCUUGUAUCACGCACCAACCAACCUGGUGACUUUUUCCCUGUUGGUCAGACCGUUGUGACCUACACUUUCCAGGAUCCUUCCGGAAACCCUGCCUCUGGCACUGUCACGGUCAUUGUUACUGAAGUUGACACUACUCCACCGACUAUUUCUGUACCAAGUAGUACUGUCACUCGUGAAGUUGAGCUUGGUCAAACGGGUGUAAACGUCUUUUUCCCUGAACCUACUGCUACUGAUAUCUCUGGCACUGCUAAUCUUGUAUCCCGUACCAACCAACCUGGUGACUUUUUCCCUGUUGGUCAGACCGUUGUGACCUACACUUUCCAGGAUCCUUCUGGAAACCCUGCCUCUGGCACGGUCACUAUCAUUGUUACUGAAGUCGACACUACUCCACCCACUAUUUCUGUACCAAGUAGUACCGUCACUCGUGAAGUUGAACUUGGUCAAACUGGUGUCAAUGUCUUUUUCCCUGAACCUACUGCUACUGAUAUCUCUGGCACUGCUAAUCUUGUAUCCCGUACCAACCAACCUGGUGACUUUUUCCCUGUUGGUCAGACCGUUGUGACCUACACUUUCCAGGAUCCAUCCGGAAACCCUGCCUCUGGCACUGUCACUAUCAUUGUUACUGAAGUUGACACCACUCCACCUGUUGUCACUGUACCAAAUAAUGUAAUCAGCCAGACCGUUGAACUUGGUCAAUCGGGUACCAAUGUCAAUUUCCCUGAACCCACUGCAACUGAUAUCUCUGGCACUGCAAAUCUUGUAUCCCGUACCAACCAACCUGGUGACUUUUUCCCUGUUGGUCAGACCGUUGUGACCUACACUUUCCAGGAUCCAUCCGGAAACCCUGCCUCUGGCUCUGUCACUAUCAUUAUUGUAGAAGUUGACACCACUCCACCAACUGUUACUGUACCCAGCGAUGUUAUCACAGAGACGGUUGAACUUGGUCAACCGGGUACCAAUGUUAAUUUCCCUGAACCCACUGCAACUGAUAUCUCUGGCACUGCAAAUCUUGUAUCCCGUACCAACCAACCUGGUGACUUUUUCCCUGUUGGACAGACCGUUGUGACCUACACUUUCCAGGAUCCCUCUGGAAACCCUGCCUCUGGCACUGUCACUAUCAUUAUUGUAGAAGUUGACACCACUCCACCAACUAUUACUGUACCCAGCGAUGUUAUUACAGAAACGGUUGAACUUGGUCAACCAGGUACCAAUGUUAAUUACCCUGAACCCACUGCAACUGAUAUCUCUGGCACUGCAAAUCUUGUAUCCCGUACCAACCAACCUGGUGACUUUUUCCCUGUUGGUCAGACCGUUGUGACCUACACUUUCCAGGAUCCUUCUGGAAACCCUGCCUCUGGCACUGUCACUGUCAUCGUUGUUGAAGUCGAUACCAUACCGCCCACAGUGGUAUGUACCAGUAACAUCGUCCAGACCGUAGAGCUUGGCACAGCAGUUGCUCAGGUGUUCUACACUGAGCCAACCGCUUCAGAUGUCUCUGGCGUAGCGGACCUCGUUAGCAGGACCAACAUGCCGGGGGAUUCCUUCCCGGUUGGAACCACCACGGUGACCUACGUCUUUCAGGAUGACUCUGGCAACGUUGCAGAUGAUUGUUCCUUUACGAUCACGGUAACAGCUCAGGAUACCACACCACCCUCUGUUGUCUGCACCAGCAGUAUCACCCGCACCGUCGAGCUCGGAACCACUAGCACCCCGGUGUUCUUCGUCGAACCCACUGCUACGGACAUCUCUGGAACGGCCAACCUGGUGACCAGGACUGCUGCUCCCGGAGACUCCUUCCCCGUCGGCGUCACUUCCGUCACCUACAUCUUUGCGGAUGGCGAAGGCAACCAGGCCGAUCCCUGUGUCUUCACCAUUACCGUUGAAACAGAGGACACAACCCCACCCACCGUCCAGUGCAUUGAUAACAUCUUCCGUAAUGUGGAGCUUGGAACCACCAGUCUGGUGGUCUUCUACUCGGAACCCUCUGCAACGGACAUCUCUGGACAGCCACUCCUGGACUCCCGUACCAACGCCCCAGGAGACUCCUUUCCACUUGGAACCACCACCAUCUCUUACAUCUUCACCGAUCCUAGUGGUAACGAUGCUGCUCCUUGCAUCUUCACCAUCACAAUCACUGCAACCGAUACCACUCCACCCACAGUCACCAACUGCCCCGAGAGCAUCUCUCAGUCGGUGGAGCUGGGUAGCACCGGUACAGUCAUUACCUACACCGCACCUACCGCCAUGGAUCUCUCAGGGAUCGCAUCCAUAAUCCCCAGCAUCCAGUCUGGGACAUUCUUUGCUGUAGGAGAGACCCAACAGGUCACCUACACUGUGACAGAUAACAACGGACUGAUGGAUUCCUCGUGUACUUUCACUGUCACUGUCUUUUCUAUUGACACCACUCCACCUGACGUAACCUGUGCCAUGAACAUCAUCCAAAGCGUGGAGCUUGGAACGCAGUCCGUCCCGAUCACCUACGAGGAACCAACUGCAACGGACAUCUCUGGUGUGGUCAUCUUGACCAGUCAGUCCCACUCUCCUGGAGACCUCUUCCCCGCUGACCAGACCACCACAGUGACCUACAUCUUCACUGAUGGUGCCGGAAACCAGGCCGAUCCCUGUACCUUCACCAUCCAGAUCGUAUCUGAUGACUCUACGCACCCAACUGUCAUCUGUACCAAUGAUGUUGUGCGUGUCGUCGAGCUCGGAACCGCAGGCGUAGAGGUCUUCUACCAGGUUCCCUCGGCCACGGAUAUUUCCGGUACUGAAGAGAUUAUUAGCAACAGCAACAAUCCUGGGGAUUUCUUCCCGGUUGGGGUGACCACGGUGAGCUACCUCUUUGCAGAUGCCUCAGGCAAUGUAGCUCCUGUGUGUACCUUCACCGUUACCGUCAAUACAGUCGAUACCACUCCACCAACCGUCCAGAACUGCCCCGAGGACAUCGUAGUCACCGUUGAGCUCGGAACAGCCUCCACCCCUGUUGUCUGGGCCCUGCCCACCGCUACCGACGUCUCCGGAACUGCUGUCAUCCAGUCCCAGACCAGGGAGCCUGGUGAUGAGUUCAGUGCAAGCACCACCACCACCAUCAACAUUGUCUUUGUUGAUGACUCCAACAAUGUGGCUGAUCCCUGCACUUUCACUGUGACUGUCACCACUGAGGAUACAACUCCACCAACCGUCCAGAACUGCCCAGCGGACAUCAUCCGCACCAUUGAGAUCAACUCUGCUUCUGAGAUCCCCAUCACGUGGAUGCCACCAACGGCCACUGAUAUCUCCGGAACACAGUUCAUCAGCUCUCAGACUGCUAAUGUCGGCCAGAACUUCCCCGUCGGUUCCACCGUUGUCACCUACAUCUUCUCCGAUGCCUCCGGAAAUGACGCUGACCCUUGCAGCUUCAACGUCAUCAUCCUAACUGAGGAUACUACCCCACCGACCAUCCUCAACUGCCCCAGCGACAUCACCGAGACCACGCCCCUCAACUCUGGCGGCAAGGUCAUUGUGUUUGUCGCCCCUACGGCCGUGGACAACUCCAACCAGGAGCCGACCGUCACCGUAUCAAACCAACCAAACACUUUCUUCUUCACCGGAGAGACUGUGGUGACCUACACCUUCACCGAUCAGGCCCUGAAUCCAUCCACCUGCUCUUUCACUGUGACCGUCAUCGAGGUUGACACAGAGAAACCAGUCAUUCAGAACUGCCCAUCGGACAUCAAUGUCAACACUCCUCUUGGAACCGCCUUGACCGUAGUCACCUGGCCUGCCUUGACCGUUACUGACAACUCUGGACAGACCUCCGUCCAGUCUCAGACCGCUGCCUCUGGGGAUUCUUUCCCACCAGGAAGGACGGUGGUUACCAUCGUUUACCAGGAUCCAUCAUCAAACACCGAACAGUGUCAAUUCACCGUCAUCGUUACUGAAGUCGACAACACCGAUCCAGAGAUCCUGUCUUGUCCCGAGGACAUCACUUCUGAAGUUCCUGUGGAAGCCUCCGGCGCUACCGUCACCUGGAAUGCCCCAGUGGUCACUGACAACUCCGGUAUCCCGCCAACGGUCACCAGCACCCGUCUACCAGGCACAUUCUUCCUCCGUGGAUCCACCCAGGUCACCUAUACCUUCACCGACAACUCUGGAAACCAGGUGUCCUGUUCCUUUGUUGUGUCUGUCAUUGCUGUUGACGAUGUUCCUCCAGUUGUAGUCUGUCCCGAAAACGUUGUUGAGACUAUCCUCGAGGGAGUUGACAGUGCCUACGUGACCUUCGACCUUCCAACAGUCACCGAUAACAAUGGCGCUACCAACUUUGUGUCAUCGACAGCCAGCAGCGGAGAUCCAUUCCCAGUUGGUACCACCGUUGUGACUUUCACCUACGUUGAUAACAAUAACAACGAAGCUUCGUGCAGUUUCAGCGUCACUGUCUUGACAGACACUCCUUGCUCACCCAACCCCUGUUUCAACGCCGGCGCCUGCAUCGUCAACAGCCUCACGGAGUACCAGUGCGUCUGUACCGAGUGCUUCACCGGCACCAACUGCGAGACCCAGCUGAAUGCCUGCGACAACAACCUCUGCCAGAACGGCGCCGGCUGUGUGGCCUAUGAAGGCUCCUGUGACAGUUACUAUUGUGAGUGUCCGUCCUGCUUCGUGGGUAUCUACUGUGAUGUCCCUGUGGAUGCCUGUGAUAACCAUCAAUGUCAGAACGGAGGUGCUUGCGUCCUGGAUGAUGACACUUGCCUGUCCUACACCUGCUCUUGCCCACUCUGCUACACUGGGGAGUUCUGUCAGACCAAGGUCGAUGCUUGUGACAAUCACCAGUGUCAGAACGGUGCUGCCUGUGAACCUAAAGGAGAGCUGUGUACUGAAUACACCUGUCAGUGCUCUGGGUGCUUCACCGGAGAUCUCUGUGAUGAAGUACGUGAUCCAUGCAACCCAAGCCCAUGUCUGAACAACGCACAAUGUAAUGUCCUUGGCGACAACUGUUACUCGUACACCUGUGAGUGCGUCGGAUGUUUCACUGGCUUCAACUGCGAAGAUCCCAUCCCAUCACCAUGCGACAACAACCCAUGCCAGAAUAAUGGAGUUUGCUCGGUCAUUGCAGGAGUGUGCUCAGGCUACCAGUGCUCUUGCCCUGAAGGAUUCACUGGAGUUAACUGCGAAGAUUCCACCGUCGUGAACACCAAUCCCUGCAACAACUUCCCUUGCAGCAAUGGAGGUACUUGCACCACCAUCGAUUCCGACAACUACAACUGUCUCUGUGUCCCAGGCUACACUGGAAUCAACUGCCAGACCCCAUCCGCCAACUCUCCGGGCCAGGACAGCUGCAACUCCUCACCUUGCCAGAAUGGAGCCACCUGUGUGAACAGCUAUGAUAGCAGCACUGGAACUGUCUUUUAUCUACCUCAGUACACAUGUAUCUGUGAGACCGGUUUCACUGGACCCAACUGUGGAUCUAGCACUGCUACCAGCCCAUCAUUGGAUGUCUGUUCCACUGGGGUGGAGCCACCCUGUCAGAACGGAGGUACAUGUACCAACAUGUACCAGAGUUUCUCUCAAGGAAUGGAUUUCUAUUGCGGCUGCCCGAUUGGCUGGACUGGACACACCUGUGAAACACCAUCCAUCAACCCCUGUGCCAGUGGUCCUUGUGAGAAUGGUGGUGUCUGCAUGCCCUUCAACACAUACUUCCAGUGCGAUUGCCCAGAAGGUUUCUUUGGUACUACCUGCGAGGUUGCUCAGGGUGACACUGAACCACCAACCAUCUCGGACUGUCCUGAGAGCAUCACUCGUACCAUCUCAUCCUCAAGUGGUAUCUCAGUUACAUGGGUAGAGCCAACAGCUACAGAUGCUGGCACCACCCAACGUCUCCUUCGCUCUCACACACCCGGAUCUUUCUUCCCUCUCGGAGACACUGCCGUCAGUUACGUCUUCACUGAUAACAGUGCCAACCUAGCAACCUGUACUUUCUACAUCACUGUCACACUGGCUGAGACGGACAACGUCCCUCCCGUUAUCCAGAACUGUCCAUCUCCCUCCGUCGCCCAGGCCCCUGCAGGUAGCACAUCCGCGGAGGUCUCCUGGAUUGUACCUUCAGCUACUGAUAACAGUGGAAUCGCUGUUACCGUCUCCAACAACUACAACCCAGGCGACACCUUCCCGGUGGGCGAAACUGUUGUUGCCUACACCUUCACUGAUGAUGCAGGAAACCAGAACACUUGUACCUUCUCCGUCAGAGUUGUUGUCGAAGUGGUCAACCAAUCACCAACCAUCACCUUCUGUCCCUCUGGUACCCUCACCUACUCAACCCUCGGUGCCGACAGCGUCGUCGUCAACUUCCCUGCACCAACGGCCAUAGACGAUUCUGGUUUCACACCAUCAGUCAACUCCAACUUUGUCCCUGGACAGUCCUUUGAUGUAGGCUCUUACACUGUGACUUAUACAUUCACCGAUAACAUUGGCUUGACCAGCGAUUGCACCUUCAACAUCUUAGUUGUUUCUGGAGGCGAUGUAAGGCCACCAACCAUCUCAGACUGCCCUGAUGGUGCCAUCACCGUCCUCGCCGGAACUGGAGCCUCUGGCGCUUCGGUCAGCUGGACUGCCCCUACUGCUACCGACGUUUCUGGCCCAGUAACCUCCACCAGCAACUACAGCCCAGGUGCUUUCUUCCCAGUCGGUACCACGACGGUCACCUAUACCUUCACUGAUCAAGUUGGCAACGAGGCUCGAUGCGUCUUCAAUGUCAUUGUGACAGGAACCAACGUCAACGAGACCCCGGCCCCAACCAACCUGGUCCUUGCCCCCACCACCAACACCAUCACUGCCACCUGGACACCGCCCAACGGUGCCUUCAACAGCUACCAGCUCACCAUCAGCGGCGGUUCCAUUGUCAACACCCAGACCCUACCGCAAGCAUCCAGCUCUUAUACAGCCACCGGCCUGGAGCCUGCCACCACGUACGUCGUGACCCUGGUGGCCAAUGGUAACGCAGGUCCCAGCAACAGCAUCUCUGAAACUGCCAUCACCAACCCAGAGCAAGGUCAACCACCCUCGUCACCCUCCAACGUCAACCUUGCCCCCAGCCAGACUUCCAUCACUGUUUCCUUCGAUGCUGCCUCUGGUGACGUCACUGGCUACAACGUCGGCCUUGGUACCACGUCCAACGCAGAUGAUGUGACAACAACCCUGGCCCCCGGCUCUACAUCUUACACCUUUGGAAGCCUUUCCCCUUCGACGCAAUACUUCGUCUCGGUCCAGGCUUUCAAUGGAUUUGGCUCAAGUCCAUCUGUUGUGCAGUCUGCAACAACAUCUGAUGUUGUCAUACCAGACACCGACAUUGUCAUCACCAACUGCCCUGUAAGCAUUGCUGCAUCCCUGCCCUUUGGAACCUAUGCUUUUGUGGACUGGGAAGAUCCAGUGGCCACCUCACCCCUUGGUGCCGUGGACCAGACUGGCGGACCCUUCAGCUCCUCUGGUUAUUUCCAGACCGGCACCUUUCCUAUCGUUUACGAGUUCCAGGAUGUCAAUGGCAACACCGCCACCUGCUCAUUCAAUGUUUAUGUUACUGAUGGCAGUGACACCACUCCCCCAGAGGUGACCUUCUGUCCCAGCAACGUUGUGGUCCAGGCUGCCUCAGGCGAGAGCAGUGCUGUAGUCACCUGGAAUGUUCCCACCGCGACCGAUGCCUCUGAACCCAUAACUUCAGUCAGCAACUACUCCCCUGGUGACUCUUUUGAUGUAGGCACCUACCUAGUUGUCUAUAACCUCAUCGAUAACGCUGGUUUAUACUCGACUUGCAGCUUUGAGGUUACUGUGACGGCAAGUGGAGUUAUCACUGAUACCGAAGACCCCGUACUGACCAACUGCCCAACUGAUAUCGUGAACAAUGCCAACCCUGGUAGCUCCUCCCUGGUGGUGUCCUGGAUAGCUCCCGAGGCCACGGACAACUCUGGCUCUGUUACCGUGACGGUCAGUACCCCGUCAGGUAGCACUUUCCCCGUCGGAACCACACAGGUCACGUACACCGCAACUGACGCCGCUGGAAACACCGAUUCCUGCAGCUUCGACAUCACUAUCCUGUCUGCUGAAGACAACACACCGCCAGUCCUGUCCAACUGCCCUUCAGACAUGACCGUCUUUGCGGCACAGAACGCCCAAGGUGCAGUAGCGGGAUGGUCAUCGCCAUCUGCCACUGACAACUCUGGGGAGAACGUGGCCAUCACCAGUGACUUUACCUCUGGAACCCUGUUCCCCAUCGGAGCCACCCUCGUGACCAUCACAGCCACAGACAGCUCUGGCAAUAUCGACACCUGUUCAUUCACAGUCACAGUCAUAGGUGCUACUGACAAUAUUGGCCCAGUCACCUCUAACUGCCCCGCAUCCCAGACGAUCACGGCCGCAGUUGGAUCCACCUCUGCUGUCGCAACCUGGACCGACCCUACCUUUACAGACAGCUCCGGCGUUGCCUCCGUCACCAGCGACUUCAACUCUGGCUCUUCCUUCCCCAUCGGUACUACCAUCGUCACUUACACCGCCACUGAUACCUUGGGUAACACCGGAGAGUGUUCUUUCAGCAUCAACGUCAUUGCUGGAACUGAUGGCACUCGACCAACCUUCAUCAACUGCCCGAGCAACAUGGAAGUAUCUGUCCCCUUCGGCAGCAGCGGAACAACCGUCACCUGGACCGAACCCACUGCUUUAGACAACAGCGGUUCAGCCACUGUGGUUGCUUCACAGACCUCUGGUACUUUCUUCAGUGUAGGGGCCACCAACGUGGUCUACACAGCCACCGAUCCUAGUGGAAAUUUCGAAACUUGCUCUUUCGUUGUAACUGUCACAGAAUUAGCACCCGUGGACGUGACCCCGCCAGAACUCCAGAACUGCCCCACCGGAAUCAGCGCCACCGUCAACCCUGGUUCAUCGUUCGCCGUCGUCACCUGGACGCCUCCCACUGCGACCGACAACCUCGGAACCCCGGUGGUCACGAGCAACUUCCCAUCAGGCUCCUCCUUCCCAAUAGGCACCACAACAGUCACCUACACCGCGGUUGACGGAAAUGGUAACGACGCCUCCUGCAGCUUCGACGUGGUUGUCACAAAUGGUGCCACGAACGCAGCACCUGUUGUCACCUUCUGCCCCAACAAUGGAGCUGUUUACUUCACCGCACCAGAAGGCAGCAGUGUCAACGUUAACUUUCCUCCGCCCACAGCCACCGAUGAUUCUGGAUCCGUCACGACAACCUCCACCAAUGAACCGGGAGAUGAGUUUGCCCUAGGAGAGCACACCAUCACUUACACCUUCAGCGAUGCCCAAGGACUCACUGCAAGCUGUACCUUCUCUUUUGAAGUACAAGUUGGUGCUAACCCAUGUUCCAGUAACCCCUGUUCUCCCAGUGAGCAGUGUUUCUACAUCCCAAGUCAAUACCUCUGUAUCAACAACGGAAGGAGAAGGAGAGAAGCUGAGAUGCUUGACCUUAGCGAUGUGUGCCCAUGUAAGAAUGGUGGAAUCUGUCUCCUAGACGACGCUACAUCCUCUGCCACUUGCGAGUGUCCCGUUGGCUACACUGGUGUACUUUGUGAGAUUGACACACUACCUGCUGCCAACGUCAACGUCCACAACACCAACAGGUACCACGACGGCGAGAUCCAGGAAUGGACUAGUGGAAAUAGCGCCCUCUUGUGGACCGUAAUCAUCUGCAUGGCGAUUAUGCUCGUCGUCAUCAUUUCCUUGUCUGUGUUGCUUUGUUACGUUGUGCCUCGCCUCGUCACGAUCCGCCAACAUCGAAGCAAGAUAGACGAAAUCCCAAUUAUGCAAUGAAUGGAAUACUGCAAGCAAGACUUUAAUUUGCAUGUACUAUAACCUGAAUGUAUUCAUGUAUAUCGUAGAUUCUAUCCCCUAUUUUUUUGUGUCAAAUUAUUAGAAUCUGAAUUUUGCGAUGCACAUAUUCUUGUAAAAUCCUAUGCAGAUUGUAUAUGUUCAUUGUGUCAAUGUACUAGAUCUGACUAUUGCGAUGCACAUGUGUUUGUGAAAUUCUUUGCAAACCAUGAAUGGGCUAUUCCACGGUUACUCACGUUACAUUUGGAAACACCUUGACUCAUACUUGGAGCUGUAACUCCAUUAUUUUUGAUAGGAACUUAACAUCUCCUUAUCACAACAAAGUACACAGUCUGACUAUCCUUUGUAUAAAAACAAAACUUGGGAAAUUCUAUUAUGCUCCUGGCAAAUCUUUUGAAUGUGUCGGUUACUCACGUUACAUGAUUUGGCCCAACCUGUGGAAUUGCCCGAAUGCAUUUCACUUGUUGUUUUAUGAUUUCUUCAAAAUAGAAGUCUUGCGGCAGUAUUGUAAUGUUUAUUUGUAAUUCAAGUCUUUCUAACCAUGCUGUAUUGUGCUAUUCUCGUUUGUAAAUAUAUUAUUUCUGUGUAUAGACAACCCCAAUCCAAACCUAUUAUGCAAACCUAGCAGUAGAUUUUAACAAGAUGUCUUUAGGUAAUCUUUUCAUUGUGCAAAAAAUGUGCUUUAUUUAAUCUCUUUAAUCCAUUGUUGAUAAGCCAAUGAUAUUAUACCCCCCAUGUUUAAUUGAAGAAUUUAUUCUCUCCCACCGCGGUGAAUGCUUGCGUUUUCUUCCCGAAAUUUGGUGCGAUGUAUUACCUUGACUUUUGCUGAAAACUUGUGUGCACUUCCAGGCGCAGAUCUAGCUGAAUUAGAAACAGAACCAUUUCAGGGGUCAUAUUUUUUGGAACAAUAUACUCGGCCUCAAAUUUUUUUAGUCCAAUCCAGCCGGAUCCGUGCCUGCAUUGUUAGAUCUACUUUGACGGCUUCAAUGAUUGCCAACUGCCAAGUAAGGGUAUGAUUUGGUUGUUUUGGGGAGAGCUCUAUGUUUAGAAGUGUUUUGGAUAUGAUUUUGCUUCAGGUAUUCUAAAAGCAAUGUCGUAGGGUGUGCUUCCCUGACUGCUGUAUUGAGUUUAGUCUUCAUUUACAAGUAUUUCAAUAUCAAAGCAUUUCAGAAAUGCCAAAUAUAUCAUGUUUUAUUGCAUUCAUUUCUUUAUAUAUAUAAAUAUAUAUUGCAGAAUUUUAUCUUGAAUUACAGUAACUUUUUCAUAAAUUCUGUUGUUUUUAUAUAUGUUAUUUUAUCUUAAUUACAAAAUAACGGUUGCAUAGAAAAUGAAUUUAGCGACUUGUGUCUGUUUUCGUGAUGUUAUAGAUUUGAGUUUUGAAAAUAUCUCAAUUUUUGUAAUUGAAUUAAAAGUGGCCUGAUUGCA